AUGUAUAAACAAAAAGAUAGAUUUCAUUCUUAUAUAAUUCAACCUGUAACCAAUAUUCAAGAAUUGUCAUAUGUAUCUUUACAAGUAUAUACACAUAUUCAAGGUCAUAUUUUUACAGAUUUUAUAACAAAUGAAUUUGAAAUAGUUAAAACUAUAUUUUCAAAUCUUAAUAAUAUUAAAGUUCAUGAUGUUAUAGCCAAAUUUUAA